AUGGAAGAUUUCGGUGCAGCUUCCGACCGGCCGCAAGGAGCAUGCAUGCGGGCGAUGGUGCUGCCAACCCCCAAAACCCCCCUACAAAUGCAGCAAGUCCCGGCGCCUCAACCCGGGCCUGGCCAAGUGCGAGUGAGAGUGACGGCGUGUGGAGUCUGCAGAACGGACCUGCACCUGGUGGAUGGAGAACUGCCCGACCCCAAGCUGCCCAUCAUUCCUGGUCACGAGAUCGUCGGCAAUAUUGAUGUCAUUGGGCCUGGUGUCGAAAACUUCUCAGUCGGUGCACGGGUGGGUGUGCCCUGGCUGGGCUGGACCUGUGGUCUGUGCGAGUACUGUCGAGCGGGCAAGGAGAACUUGUGCGACAAUGCCAAGUUCACGGGCUAUCAGAUUGACGGUGGCUAUGCCGAGUACGCCGUAGCGGACGCCCGCUACUGCUACAGCAUCCCCGAGGAGUACAGUGACCUGGCGGCCGCCCCGCUGAUGUGCCCCGGCCUGAUCGGUUACCGCUGUCUCCGGAAAGCGGGGCUUAUUGGCGGCGACCAAGGAACCAAAACGGUCGGGAUUUACGGCUUUGGGGCGGCAGGCCAUAUUGUGGCCCAGGUCCUGCGCAAGGACGGCCACGUGGUGUACGCCUUUACCCGGCCCGGCGACCCGAGCACCGCCCUCGACCUGGGCGCGCACUGGGCCGGCAGCUCGCUUUCCACCCCCCCGGAAAAGCUCGACGCCGCACUUAUCUUCGCCCCCGUGGGCUCCCUCAUCCCGGCCGCGCUGCGCGCCGUCAAAAAGGGGGGGACCGUGAUCGCGGGGGGCAUUCACACGUCGAACAUCCCGAGCUUCCCGUACGAGAUUUUGUGGGGCGAGCGGACGGUGGCGUCCGUGGCGAACGUAACGAGGGAAGAUGGGCGGGAGUUCUUGGAACUCGCGCCGAAGGUGCCCGUUCACACCAGGACGAGGGUGUUCCCACUGGAGCAGGCGAAUGAGGCGCUGGCGGCCAUGCGGGAAGGCCGCCUUGGGGGCGCGACGGCGAUUCUGGUGCCUUAA